UCACCCCCACCCCCCGAAUACUGUUUCCUUUCCUUUGAAAGUGUUCAGAACCCGGUGGAAGUUUUGUGCUGUCUUCAGACUCAAGGCCUCUGUCGUCACGCUGGGGGAACGCAGAGCAACUGUUGUAUGGUGGGUGAGUCCCUCGCCAGUCUGAGUAUGAGUGCCCACACUUCCCCAGCAGAGAAGGGCCUCAACCCGGGGCUGAUGUGCCAGGAGAGCUAUGCCUGCAGCGGCACGAACCAGGCCAUCUUUGAGUGUGACGAGUGCUGCAGCCUGCAGUGUCUCCCCUGCGAGGAGGAACUCCAUCGGCAGGAGCGACUGAGGAACCACGAGCGGAUACGGCUCAAACCGGGCCACGUCCCAUACUGUGACCCCUGCAAGGGCCCCAACGGGCACUCACCGAGUGUCAGGCAGAGGGCGGCGGUGAGGUGCCAGACCUGUAAAAUCAACCUGUGCCUGGAGUGCCAGAAGAGGACUCACUCUGGGGGCAAUAAGAGGAGACACCCCAUUACUGCCUACCAAGUCAGUAAGGCCCAGGAGCUACUGGACGAAGAGGAGAUGGAUGAGGAGACCAAGAGGAGGAAGAUGACUGAGAAGGUUGUGAGUUUCCUCCUGGUCGAUGAAAACGAAGAGAUUCAGGUAACAAAUGAAGAAGACUUCAUUAGGAAAUUGGACUGCAAACCUGAUCAGCAUCUAAAGGUUGUUUCCAUCUUUGGGAAUACUGGUGAUGGAAAGUCUCAUACCCUCAACCACACUUUUUUUUAUGGCCGUGAAGUCUUCAAAACCUCCCCUGCCCAGGAGUCCUGCACCGUGGGAGUAUGGGCGGCGUAUGACCCAGUCCACAAGGUGGCUGUGAUCGACACCGAAGGGCUCUUGGGGGCUACGGUGAAUCUAAGCCAGAGAACACGACUGUUGCUGAAAGUGCUGGCCAUCUCGGACCUCGUCAUCUAUCGAACUCAUGCAGACCGGCUGCAUAAUGACCUCUUCAAGUUCCUUGGGGAUGCCUCGGAAGCUUACCUAAAACACUUUACCAAGGAGCUCAAGGCUACCACUGCCCGCUGUGGCCUGGAUGUCCCCUUGUCCACUCUGGGCCCCGCUGUUAUCAUUUUCCAUGAGACUGUGCAUACCCAGCUGUUGGGCUCUGAUCACCCCUCAGAGGUGCCAGAGAAGCUCAUUCAGGACCGGUUCCGGAAACUGGGCCGCUUCCCUGAAGCCUUCAGCUCCAUCCACUACAAGGGAACGAGGACUUACAACCCUCCCACUGACUUCUGUGGUCUUCGGCGUGCUUUGGAGCAGCAGCUGGAGAACAACACCACCCGCUCCCCCCGCCAUCCAGGGGUUAUCUUCAAGGCUCUGAAGGCCCUGAGCGACCGCUUCAGCGGUGAGAUCCCGGAUGACCAGAUGGCGCACAGCUCCUUCUUCCCAGACGAGUAUUUCACCUGCUCCUCUGUGUGCCUCAGCUGCGGGGCUGGAUGUAAGAACAGCAUGAAUCAUGGGAAGGAAGGUGUACCGCAUGAAGCCAAGAGCCGCUGCAGUUACUCCCAUCAGUACGACAACCGAGUUUUCACCUGCAAGGCCUGCUAUGAGCGAGGCAAGGAAGUCAGCGUCGUGCCCAAGACCUCCGCUUCCACUGACUCCCCCUGGAUGGGUCUCGCCAAAUACGCCUGGUCAGGGUAUGUGAUCGAAUGUCCUAACUGCGGGGUGGUCUAUCGUAGCCGGCAGUACUGGUUUGGGAACCAAGAUCCUGUGGAUACAGUUGUGCGGACGGAGAUUGUGCAUGUGUGGCCUGGAACGGACGCCUUCCUGAAGGACAACAACAAUGCUGCCCAGCGCCUCCUGGACGGGAUGAACUUCAUGGCUCAGUCAGUGUCUGAACUUAGCCUUGGGCCCACCAAGGCAGUGACGUCCUGGCUGACGGACCAGAUCGCCCCCGCCUACUGGAGGCCCAACUCCCAGAUCCUGAGCUGCAGCAAGUGUGCCACAUCCUUCAAAGACAAUGACACCAAGCAUCACUGCCGGGCAUGCGGGGAGGGCUUCUGUGAUAGCUGCUCCUCCAAGACCCGGCCGGUGCCUGAGCGGGGCUGGGGCCCUGCGCCCGUGCGGGUGUGCGACAACUGCUACGAAGCCAGGAGCGUCCAGUUAGAUGUUACCGAGACACAGGCAGACGACGAGGGCGGGACCCUGAUUGCAAGGAAAGUGGGUGAGGCUGUGCAGAACACCCUGGGCGCUGUGGUGACCGCCAUCGACAUACCACUAGGUCUGGUGAAGGAUGCGGCCCGGCCCGCCUACUGGGUGCCCGACCACGAGAUCCUGCACUGCCACAACUGCCGCAAGGAGUUCAGCGUCAAGCUCUCCAAGCACCACUGCCGGGCCUGCGGACAGGGUUUCUGUGACGAGUGCUCCCACGACCGCCGGGCCGUCCCCUCGCGAGGCUGGGACCAUCCUGUCCGAGUCUGCUUUAACUGCAAUAAAAAGCCCGGUGACCUUUAACCCCAGCUCCCUCUUGGAGUCCUUCACAGUUCCUUAGGUUCUCAGGGUUAGAAACAGAAAUCUCAUUGAGGUUCUUUAGGCCCCUCCACCCAUCGUGUGUGUCCUCUCCACUCAUCUUGGGGCCACUUUCCUCGGUGGGAGGGAGUGGGGGUGGGGGUGGGGAGGCAGGUGGCCAGCCAGGGGGAGCCUGGUGGCGGGCCCCAAGGCAUACGGCCCUCCUGCCAAGGGGAAGGAACCUGAAUCCGUUCCAUUUAUGUUUAACAAUAAAUAAUGAACAUACACAGCCACGUCCACCCAUUCCUACCUGUGAAAGGAGCCUGGCAUGGAUUCCGCUGCUGCUGGCCGUGAGGAUGGGCCAGGCUGUCCCCAGUGCAGGGACGAGAAGGUGGCAGUGGCAGUAGGUUUCCCCUCCCCCUUCGUCCCCCCCAAAAAACAGAGCCAGCUCCAAAGCCACCGCGGGGACAGUCCCCUUGGGCUGCUCCUUGGAAGCUUCUUGCCUUGCGUGGUCCUUCCUCCCCUCCCCCCAUCCUGCCUCUGGCAGCCCGGGCCACUGAGCCUCCCAGGAAUGGGGCCUCCGCGCAGCCUCUGGGCCAGGCGCUGAGGUGGGUCGAAUCCUGACCCCCAGCCCAAGUCCGUGCGAGACCACCCAGCCUAGUGUGCAGGUCACCGGCGCGGGUGGAGGGCGGGUCGCGGGGGCCUACUGGCCCCGAGCCAUGUGGGUGCAGGUUACAGGGUGUUCCUGGAGCCUGAAGCAGGGCCCAGAAGGCAUCCGGGCCUGGCCAGUCCUUUCCUGCUUGCUGAUGUUUGUCUUGCGUCCACCUGGCUUUCCCUCAAAGGCUGCUCCCCAUCCCCCCACCCCCCACUCCCACUCCCGAUUUGAAGCCCCCGCUUCUUGCCCACUGGGGCCCCCCCGGAGCCCACCAUCUGCUUCUGAGUGUUGCACUAGGGUUUUUAUUGCUUAUUUGAAAGUGUCUUAAUUCCUUGUUCCCAGACACACGCCCCCUGCAGCGGCUGAGGGGUGAUCAUGAGAAAUCUUCCAGGGAAAUAGAGCACAGAACGGACUGUUAGUUGUUUUUUAAAGUCUAGAUGAAUAAUUCAACAGAUCAUUAAGAACAAAUUCUCUCUCCUGUCCUCGCAAGAGAAGCCACAUGAACUUUGUUUCACAUCGAGAGCUUGGACACCCAUGUCUGGCACGACUGGAAAAGAGACUGUGGUGCUGAGAGCCUGGCCUCCCGGGGCCCGCCUCCCCGGGGACCCCCCUCAGCACAGGAGUCAAGGCGACCUCGUUCUGGACUGAACUGGUGGGCGGGCAGGACUCCGGGGGGCCUUGGCGGUCAUCCCUGGGCGUCCAUGUGACGGAGCUCGGGGAUGUGUCUGUCCUUCUCAGACCUGCUCCCUUCCUGCCCCCCUGUGGCCCCAUGACUGAGGCCCCCCCCUAGAACCAUGUAUUAUCAAAUUCGCCAUUAUAAAGGAAUCUUCCUGUGAACACAGA